GCGGGGCCGCGCCCGCCGCCGCCGCCCAUGACCCUGCGCUCCGCCGAGUCCCUGGAGAGCGCGGAGAGCUCCGGGGAGCGCUGGGGGCACCCCGGGGCGGCGGCCCCCGUUGCCGAGGAGUGCCGUGAGGCGGAGCAGCUGGCCGCGGCUAUGGAAGAGCUGCGGCGGGCAGGAUGGUACUGGGGCAACAUGACUGUUGCUGAAGCCAAAGAAAGGUUACAGGAUGCCCCCGAAGGGACCUUUUUGGUUAGGGAUAGUUCGCAUUCAGAGUAUCUACUGACUAUAUCCGUAAAAACAUCAGCGGGACCGACCAAUCUACGUAUAGAAUAUCAAGAUGGCAAGUUUAGACUGGACUCCAUCACUUGUGUCAGAUCUAGACUUAAACAGUUCAACAGCGUUGUGCAUUUGAUUGAGUACUAUGUUCUUAUGUGCAAAGAUAGAACUGAAACACCUUCAAAUGGAACAGUUCAUCUUUACUUGAACAAACCCCUCUAUACGUCUGCUCCAUCUCUGCAACACCGCUGCAGAAUAGCUAUAAACAAGAGCACAAAUCAGAUCUGGGAGCUGCCAUUACCAACAAGACUAAAAGAGUACUUGAAAGAGUAUCAAUACCAGGUAUAAAUACAUUUUCUAAAUGCCUCUAACACAGAGUAACUUUUGAAUGCAAUUCUUAAAAUCAGCCAAAGAACUGAGUAACCAGUUGUACAACUCGGCAUGGAAUUCACUAUCAAAACAGUGGCAGUUCUGAGGGAAAGGUUUUUAUUUCAGAUGCUACAAAGGGAGACUUUAUGUAAAAUAAUCCUAGUUUGCAUCCUUGGGGGUUUGACAAGGUGGCAUGCUAUUCUUGCGAGGAGAGAGAAGCCAGGAAUCUGUCCAGAUUGUGUUGCUUUGUCAAUAAAAUGCUGCACUAGCUAUCAAAUGCUUACUGAAGCAGUGGGACCGGGAGAGAUUUCAUAAGUGGUCAGAGACAUAAGAGAGUUUACAAGUAUCUCAGUUGUCUGAUUCCAAGAUGAAUUUGGUGCUGGUGUUCAUAUAAUCCUAAAAGCUUAACUAGAUCACACUGUGAUAAUCUUACUAAAGUUAUGCAACUAAUCAAAUCCAGUCAGAAAAAUGAUCAUGCAUUCAGUUUUUAUUGAACUACUCUCCUGCUUUUCUGUAAGCAAAGGAGUACUGUAAAUAAUGAGUCUAAAAUACUGUUUUUCAAAGUUCUCUGAAAGCUGACCUUAAGAGGAAAUGCUACAUCUUUCACAGGAACCCAGUAUAUUGCUGAUUAUACCAGAUUGGUAUCCCAGAAUCCUUAACAUGUUAACAUCUUCACAGUGGUGAUGUAUCCAUGCUAUUAUUAUUAAGCCUCUUUUGGUUGAGGCUUUAGAACUAUAUGCUUCAGACUUGCAGUUUCAAUGUCAAGACAUGGAUUUCAGCAGUUACAUGUGUCUUCUACAGUGUAGAAUGUUUUCUUCAGGCUGUUUCCCAAAAUGUGGGGAAAUACGAUGUGGAUUUUUUUAAGGGGGUUGGUUUACCUUUUUCUUGUUUUUUAUUUUCUUUUUCUUUAUUUCUUUUUAUUUCAUUUUAUUUUAUUUUAUUUUAUUUUAUUUUUUAACUUUCAAUUCACCAUUGUAGCUAUCAGAUGAUUACUCAAUAAAGUAAAUCAAAGUGCACAACUAUCUCCCAAUCUUUGUAUGUAUGGAUUUGCUACUAUUCAGGAAAGAGUGUUCUUAUAUGGGAACUUAUAUAAUUUCCCAGCUAAUACUCAGAUAAAUGCACAUGUAUCACUGAGGAUGAAUACCCCUGUUUUGCCUUUGUGGUGCUGCUCAAAAGUAUAGCUGGAUUACAUUCAGAUUAGUGGCUUAGAGGCUACCUGCUGAAUUCCUGUAGUUGGGUAUUAGCAUAGGACACUGCUUUUUCUGUUACAGUAGUCUUCCAAACAGGAAGAGAAGACUAAGACCCUCAGUACCCAUUCUUCAGCCCAAAUGUAAAGUAUUUAAUAGAAAAAAUACACAGGACAAGAAUAAUAGGAGAGCGGUAAAAAGAGAAGCAAGGACAUGGACUCAUCCUUAGUCAACAAAUUAAUAGUUUUAAUUAUUUCCCUAGCUUAUUUGUUAAUUAAAGCAAAGAGACCUGUACUUGAACAAGGAGGGUUGUCAAGACUUGCUGUAAUCUAGCUUUGUCCAGGCUGAAAUAGAAACAACAUAAAAUAAUCCUGUUUUCUUUGUGACUUAACUGCUGUGCUGUACUGUCAGGACAUUCUGUCCCUUCUCAUAAACUCUGGGGCACCAACCAGCUUAUUUAUUGCAUCUAAACUCCCAGUGUUAUACACUCAGUUUUGUCUGUAACAUGCU